AGGACACCAACUCAUUUGAUUCUCGUCAGUCGGUUCUGUAAGUCUCCAUGAUCAUAUAUGACAUGUUGCUGACACAAUUCUAGCCCUUUGCUCACCACCGCUCCAUUGCUACACCUAUUUCUUUAUUUGCUUUUCUUCAACACUUAUGAUCAUGGCUACACCUCACAAUCUCUCAAAGUCCAAUGAUACCAGCGUAUUGGGUUCGUUUCGGCAGAAACUAUUCGCCGCGACAUCACCUCUUUAUUUCCGUUCGAUGAAAUUCCUCAACCAACUUCUAACUUGGAUCAACUCAUAGUCAUGCAGAAAUGGUGGUAGAGAUCGUUAAUACCCAUUGGCUUCUUGUAAUCUAACCUUAUUUCAUUGAGGGUUUAUAUCUAAUCGGCGUUCCCCAUCUGGCCGUGGGGACCAUUUCAUUGCCGGUGGGGCGCGGUGGCGUUUCCAUUUCUGACGUAUUGUCUCGUUCAGUCAUCCUCAUGGGAGAACUAAGCUUUAUUUGCUCUGAUUUUGGGAGGACAAUUUGUAGGUGAAAGUCUGACAUCAUUGAUCAUCGCUAAUAAUAGUCCAUUUACGAACACUAAAGUAAUAUAUUAAUCAUGACGAUUGUUGUUUUACGUUAUGAGAACGUUGACAUAAUUCGUACUUUCUUUUCAUUUGUUCAUACUUAUUUGUGUAUGUGUGGAUCAGAGCAAAAAGUUUGUCUUCUCUGCGAGUGUAAUGCAGAAGAUGAACUCAUGGCUGAACAUGUGAAAACAAAUCAAGAAGCCAUAACAGAAAAGCCCGAAUCAGAAGUAGCUAUAUAUAAACAAAGAUCUAGAAGACACAUUACAAUAGAACAUGGAGAGGGCACAUAAGAGGCUAGAGUCCAAAUACACAGAAUUAACAAGGAAAAAACUUGCUAAUCUAACAGUUGAAAAUUCUCAACUUACCAAAGAUUCUGUUAAGAAAGAGGAUUUAAUUGAAACUUCAGAGUAUCAUGUUCUCAAGAGAGAGCUCAAGAUAAGAACCCUAAAUGCUGACGUGGCAAAACAAGAAACUGCAAUUCUAGAAGCUGAACGCCAGAGGCUUCGUUUGUUAGUAAAGAAGCGGGUCCCAGGACAUGGAAAGACAAAAUCAGUGGAUAAAAGUAUGAGUUUAAUGAUAAAGAAGUUAUGUGAAGUGGAAGAAGAAAACAGGAUUCUUAAAGAAAGUUUAUGUGAUAAAGAGAAUGAAAUCCGGAUUUUGAAAGAAGUUGGAAGGAAUCCAGAAGGAAAGAUUCUGGAAUUGGAAAACAAAAUUGUGUCUUUGGAAUUGGAACUUGAAAGGGUAAAUGAGUCAAAGAGAACAACCGAGGAGAAGUAUGAGGAUUUGAGAUUAAUGAAUGUUGAUCUUGAUUAUCAACUUUCUUCUUCCAAAUUCGAAAUAAAAGAAGCCUUUCGAAAACUAUCUGUUUUAGAAAUGGAGUUGGAGGACAAAAUUCAACAAUAUGAAGGACUAGAAACAACAUGUCUUGAGCUACAACUCCAAUUAGCCACUGUUUCAUGUAAGGAUGAGGUAAGUGAAGAUCUUCAUAGUGUAAGUGGCUAUGAAGGAGUAGAAGAGUUGACUAAUAACAAGAAGUUGAGGCAGCAUUCUUCUAUGUUGCCCACAAUAAAAGAAAUUUUAACCACUACAGAAACAAAAGAUCUACAUUACAACACUUGCAAUAACUUUUGUGGACUAAAGAAUGUUGCACCUCAAGCUUUGACAAUUGUACCAAGGAUGAAGCGUAGUAAAGGUACCGAAUUGCUAUGGAAGCUUCUACUUAGAAGGAAGAAGAGAGGCAACAAGAAGAAGCUUCAUAGGUUUGCUACAUACCAUAUUUAGUGUAAACAAAUGUGUUUGAGGUUAGGGUUGUGAAUAAUUGAUGUUUUAAAUGAUACUUUUGUUUACAAAUAGUCAAUAUUAGCACUUAGAGAUAAGAUAUUGUAUUCUCUUGAUUAGUUGUAUUUAGGUUAUAUUACAAGGAAGACUAACCACAUCACUUUUUAUUACAAGUCUAAGGUGAUAAGAUAAAGAUGAUAAUGAAAAACUAAUCAUAACCCUAUAUAAAUACCACUACCAAAGAAAAUGUAAUGCAACUUUUUAUCUUGAAA